GUCGGCCCCUCCCAGCCCGGGAUCCUCCCGCAAGCUCCUCGCCCCAAGGCGUAUUAGGAAAGACAGAGACUGGGAGACUGAGCGCAGCGAGCAUGCGGAGGCGGAGGAGCCUGGGCGCGCGCGGCAGAGGGGUGUAGUGAGCCUGUCUCCGGAGGGUGUGCGAGAGAGGCGGAGGUUCGCCCUCCCGGCGGGUCCCUAGCUUGCCCUCUCCGGGCUCCGGCGCGCUGCGGCUGCGGGCUCGGGGUGCAUGGAAGCCGUGACUGCGGUGGAGGAGGCGGCGGCUGCCCCAUGGAGUGUUACUACAUUGUCAUCAGCUCCACGCACCUCAGCAACGGACACUUUCGCAACAUCAAGGGAGUUUUCCGGGGCCCUCUCAGCAAGAACGGGAACAAAACUCUGGAUUAUGCUGAGAAAGAGAACACCAUAGCUAAAGCUCUGGAAGAUCUGAAGGCCAAUUUUUACUGUGAAUUAUGUGAUAAGCAGUAUUACAAGCAUCAGGAAUUUGACAAUCAUAUAAAUUCAUAUGAUCAUGCUCACAAGCAGAGGCUCAAAGAGCUGAAACAAAGGGAAUUUGCUCGAAAUGUAGCAUCUAAAUCCAGGAAGGAUGAAAGAAAGCAGGAAAAGGCUCUCCAACGCCUGCACAAGCUGGCUGAACUAAGAAAGGAAACUGUGUGUGCCCCUGGAAGUGGCCCCAUGUUCAAGUCAACAACUGUUACUGUGAGAGAAAAUUGUGGUGAAAUUUCCCAAAGAUUUGUUGUGGAUUCAGUUAAUAACCAGGAAGAUUUCAAGUGUACUUUGACUCAUAGUGAAGAGAAUUGUAAAGAUGUUACCAAGGUUAUUGUAGAUCCCGAAAGUACAAAUAAUUAUGCAGCAAAAAAUAACCAACUUGGAGAUCAAGCACAGGGAAUUCAUAAACACAAAACUGGCUUUUCGUUUGCAUUUCCAAAGAAAGCAUCUGUGAAGCUGGAGUCUUCAGCUGCUGCCUUCUCUGAAUACAAUGAUGAUGCCUCUGUGGAAAAAGGAUUUAACAGAAAAAGUAGAUUUGUUCCCGGUGCUUGUCAUCUUCAACUAUCUUCACCAACAGAUGUGCUUUUGAGUUCUGAGGAGAAAGCUAAUUCUUUUCGUCCACCAGAGGGAAUGUGCACUGACAGAGACACUGCUCCAACUCAAGAAAUGAAAGACAGUUCCAAUGAAAAAGAUACAUUUUUCUUACCUUCAUUUUGUCAAUUUCAAGUCUCUUUAUCUUCUGAUGCAGAUAAUAGUCAAAGUUCAGUUCUACUUCCAGAUCAAAUGCUACUAGAAGAUGCUAAUGUUAAAGAAGACAUUCCUUUGAGUGGUAACAAUUCUGAGUUGUUAGGAAAUAAAGACACAAUUAUUGAUAUGCCUAAUAGCUCCAUAUCUUUACAAGGUACCACAGAGGAAAAUGCUAAUGACAAGGACACACCCACAGUUGAAACUGAAAAUAAAAAUCUUGAGAUGAUGGUCCCUUCAAAUAUCGAAGAGGAUAAAGCAAUUUUACAUGAAAAACCAGAUGUAUAUAAAAGACCAUGUGAACCUUUUGCACCUGUAUUUACCAAAGAUGGCUCCACAGUUCUUCAGUGGCCAUCGGAAAUGCUGACUUACACAACUACUCAACCAUCAAUUUCUUAUAGUUGUAAUCCUCUCUGUUUUGACUUCAAGGCUACUAAAUUAAACAACAACACAGAUAAAAAUAAAUUAUCUGCAAAUGAUCUUUAUUCUGAGCAGAAGGCAAAAGAUAUUUUCAAGACGUCAGUUUCAGAUUGCAAAGACACAUCUAUCACAGGACCCCUAGAUAGUGAAACUGGAGGUGGAAGAAAUGAAGACACUCACAUGAGUCCUCUUGUAGCUAAUUUCUCUAAUAGUUGUGAUUCUGGAAAAGGUGAGCAUAUGGGUCAGAGGUCUAAAAAUACCUACUAUAGGAUCAGGAAAACAAAGAAACACAGUUUUACUAAAAAUCAAGUGAAACAGGACACACUAGAUGAGAAAUACAACAAAAUAAGGUUGAAAGAUACACAUGAACAUUGGUUUCAUAAAAGCAGAAGAAAGAAAAGAAGAAGAAAACUAUGUCAAUAUCAUCAUGGGGAGAAAACCAAAGAAUCAGAAACUCACUCAAAAAUGGUAGUGGAAAAUAGUGGCACAAGUAGGAAAAAUCUGCUAGAAACAAUUUCAGAAAAGCAGUAUUUAGCUACAGAGCAAUUAUUAGAUCCACAUCAAUCGACUGAUAAAAAGCUUAAAUCAGCAUCCAUACACUUAAGUGAAAAUGAAGAAAUGUGUAAAACCUGGAAUAUUAAAUACAAUAAUAAUGAGUCUAUGAGUUCUAAAGACCGAUGUAAAAAUAACACAUUUGUUUUAGAUGGACAUGGCAAUCCAGCAAGGGUACAUUCUGAGAAGCAAAAUUUAACAGAUUCCAGAACUAGCUGUAGCUGGAAAGCCAAAAGGCCCAGCUGUAGUCCAGAUCACAGAUGUCUAGUUCUUCAAAAUGAUGUGACAUGCAUGAGUCAGAACCAGGCUGUUAAAAGAGGUUCUAGUUCUUUCAUUAAUGAAUCAGAAAGACUCCAUCGAAAGCGACGACAGCAAUCUCAUUGUUAUUCUUCAGAUGAAAGUUUAAAUCAACAGACUUAUUCCCCAGAGGAAUUUUUAAGGCCACCACGUGGUUCAAUUGCCCCUUGUAAACCAAAAAGGAAACGGAGGAGAAAAAGAAGCAGAUUCCACACUGGGCUUACAGUGCUAGAACUCAAAGAAAAUACAGAUUGUCCUGUGAAACGCAAUCCUUCCUUAGGUCAUCAAGAUGACUUGAUAAAUGAGGACAGAAGAGAGGAAACGAAAUCACAAGAGCUUGCAAGUGUGGAAAAGAACUCAGAAAAAACUGAUCACGUAGAAGACAUACUGAAUUUGCAACUGACCAAUCCCCUUCCUUCUGAUACUAAUUGUGAAACUGAGCAUUUAGUGGAGACCAGGUCUCCUAAACUGUCAGAGACUUCCCAUGAACCCACCAUAUCUGUCUAUGUAGCUAGUGCCCCAGCAAAAGAAGAAAUCGACAACACCGUGCUCAAACACAAAGAAAGAAGUGGGGAUGCAAACAUUAAUGACAAACAAAUUCCUUUCAAGGUGCCUAAUAUUGAAAGGAACUUUAGACAGUCACAACCGAAAUCAUACCUUUGCCAUUAUGAGCUGGCUGAGGCCCUUCCGCAAGGGAAGAUGACUGAGGCAACAGCUGAGUGGCUGCGUUUUAAUUCAGGAAUCCUUAACACACAACCACCAUUACCAUUCAAAGAAGCACACGUCAGUGGCCAUGCUUUUGUAGCAGCAGAGCAAAUCUUGGCUCCAUUAGCUUUGCCAGAACAAACAUUAUUAAUUCCAAUAGAAAACCAUGACAAAUUCAAAAACCUGCCAUGUGAGGUCUACCAGCACAUCCUACCACCAAACGUACUGGCCAACAAGGUCAAAUUUAGCUUUCCUCCAGCUGCUCUCCCACCCCCUCCCACACCUCUGCAGCCUUUGCCUUUGCAGCAGCCCUUAUGCUCUACCUCUGUAACCACAAUCCAUCAUACUGUUUUGCAGCAGCACGCUGCAGCCGCUGCAGCCGCUGCAGCCGCUGCAGCUGCAGGUACCUUUAAAGUGCUUCAACCACAGCAACAGUUUCUGUCCCAAGUCCCAGCUCUCACCAGAACAUCGUUACCUCAGAUCUCAGUAGGACCAAGGCUUUGCCCUGGGAAUCAGCCAACUUUCGUUGCUCCUCCUCAGAUGCCAAUUAUUCCAGCAUCUGUUUUACAUCCCAGUCAUCUGGCUUUCCCACCUUUACCUCACACCCUCUUUCCUUCACUGCUUUCCCCACACCCUACUGUCAUCCCACUGCAACCCCUCUUCUAGUCAUCACUAUGUGAGAGGAAGAAAAUAUUCAUGUGAAAACUAUUGCUAUAUGCAUCAAUGCUCAUCUAAUUGGAUAAUUGCCUAUUUAAAUGGUGGAAAUAAAGUGGCCAAAAAUAUGGCCUCAUUGAUAUGAAAUCAUUUACUGUAAGUGUAAUGAUGCAAAUAAAUUCUUAAGUUUCUGAUAUAUAAUAUUAUUAAGGCACUGAAUAGUUUGAAUAUCAAUAUAAUAUAUGCUAUAUAUCAAAAUGAUGUCUUAAGAGUAUGUAUAAUGUACAUAAAAUAUAUUUAUAGUACUUAAUUUAUGUUGUAAAGUAUGCUCCUUGUUUUUUUUAAUCUUUGUGUAUUUGCACCUAUUUAAUGUUUAGACAAAGCUGAUGGCACUAUGUUUUGUACCAUGUCCCUUGAAACUGUAUAUUCAGUGAAAAAAUAUCUCUUGCAAUAAAUUUUUGUUAAAUAUUUAA